AUGCCCAACAAGUUCUCGUUCGACGACUCAGCAUUCGAUAGUUCACCGCCUUCGACACCCGGUCAAACUCCGCAGAAGAAGUCGUACUACCCCUUCGGCGAGAAUCCAUCAACGACCCCGGCUGGCCCUCCCCCCUCGUCCGCCGCUUCCUUCACACCAACAGGCGCUCCGUCCGAGUCUUACCUCGGGAGCUCGUUGCUGCAAGGUGUCACUGCGCAGAAGCCCUUUGGCUUCGGUGGUGCGAGUUCAAAUGGGCCCACCAAGAACCUCUUUGGAAGAAGCGACUCUGCCUCAGCGCAACCACUCGGUCGGUCGAUUGUGCAGAGCGCCAAGCCCGCCAUGAGGCAGCCGUCGGCACUGAGCCGAGAGCUUGGCGCGGGAAAGAGCGAGGUCACCUACGACAACCGGACGGGCAGAUAUAUGAUACCCGACAGCUCAGAGGAAGAGGAUGAGAACGAGGAUGACGAAGAGUACGACGAGCGCGAUGCCGCCGAUGCGGAGAUGGAGCGAUACCUCGAAGCCGAUAUUGGGGAGGAAGAUGUGGAUGCUGAGGCAGAAAAAGAAGAGAUCCAGGAUGACGAUGACAUAUUUUUGAACAUGCGGCACACCACUCGUAACGACGAUGAACUGGCCUACUCAGACGAGGGCGAGGGCGGCGUGGGCGGCGAGGACUCAGAUCUUUUGCUGCUGAAUACGCCAGCGGCAACGGAGCGCAUGAGGAGAGAGGCCCAGGAUAUUUUCCGCGCAUCGUCCAUGCGUCGCUCGUUGGGCAACAGACGGACAGAGUUCAAGUUCUCCGCAGUAGCGAAGGAUAUGUACAAGGAGUUGGGCAUGGCCGAGAUCAACGAGUCGGCAGGCGUCGUCUUGAAGACGGAAGACCUGAUCAACCAGCUUUACAACGAAGGAAUUGGUGCGCAGGAGGACCCCGAUCAGCUCGAUGUCUCGCUCGCCAACAUUGUCUAUCCUCUGGUGGAUCUCUGGAAUGACUUCGCCGACAGCUUACCCAUGCCGGAGGGAGAGCACAUUGCCGAGAUUGGCCCCGGCCCCGAAAGUGAGCCAUUCACGAAAGCUGCCUAUGUUGCCCAGCUAGUGCUCCAGAUGCACCAUACUCGAUUCGCCAACCAAGGCACCGUCGAUACCGAGGUGCCACCAUUGCCUUAUGUUCUGUUCAGAUGGAUUGAGGAAAACCACAAUAUCUACCCCGAGCAAUUCGAAAUUGUCAUGAACCAUAGGCCGAGCCCGGCGUGCCACAGUCUCUUCUGGCCGACACUCCGGAGUGCUCUCAUCCGUGGCAAUGUCGAACUCGCGUCAAAGCUGUUGAGGAACGCCGGGUGGGAGUCCGUCAAAAAGGGUCCUCGAGCUGACUUUGCAUACUCUGGCAAAGCUCUCGAUAACUUACAACGUGCCGUCGGUAUUGCGUGCGAGGCACUCGACAUGUGCCCAAUCACCAAGGGCAAUUGGGAUAUCUUCAGCAGCGACUGGACGUUGUAUCGUAUUCAGACGAAGGGCUCGUUGGACAAGCUUCAGAGAUUUGCGGAGGGCAAGGACAAGAACCUUUUUGCUGGCGAUAGUGACGACAGCUCGUACGGAAGGGGCUCUUUGGCCGGCCUUGUGCGGAAAGCUGAGGGGCAGGUCCCAUGGGACAUCUAUGAACACCUCCAGACCAUUUACCAGAUCAUCAUGGGAACGCCAGAGGCUAUCCUGGAUACGGCGCAGGACUGGUGCGAAGCCACGAUUGGCCUGUUUGGAUGGUGGGAGGAAGGCAGAGGACAGCAGAAGAGCUUACGCAUGUCGCGUUCCCACGGACUCCGUAUGACAGCUACUUCUCCCACCCCGGAGAGCUAUUUUGAACGUCUGUCACUUGCUUUCCACACUGCAGUUGAGUCGGACUUCCACUUCAACUCCAUGAACCCAGUCGAAGUCGCCCUCGCCUCUGCUUUCGAGUCAAACUUUGCGGCUGUCAUCGGAAUCCUGCGCGCAUGGUCGCUCCCCAUAGCUUCCUCGGUGGCGGAACUUGCCUCUCUUGGCCAAUGGCUACCUAAGCCCGAGCAGCCCAACUUGAUCACGAUGGAGAGCCUGAACAUGGAGGAUCUUGAGAUGUUGGGAGUGGCCCCUCAGACUGCAGACGAGGUGGAGGGCAUCAAAGACACCACACUCACACAUUACGCACGCGAAUUGGCCGGAAUCGACAAACUCUCCGAAGAUCGCAGCGGCUGGGAGAUGGCGAUACAAGUCCUUGGUCGCAUGGAUUCGGCUGCGAAAUCAGAGGAUAUGGUCGGAGAACUGCUUCGGGACAUUCUAACCCAGCUCGAUUCUGAUCAAGGAACCACCGUGGACAAGGUCUGGAGGAUUCUGAACGAUCUCGGCAUGAUUACGUAUGCCGAAGAGACCGCAGAGACUUAUGCAGACAUUCUUGGAAAAGAUUCUCACAGAUACGGAGAGGCUCUUUGGUACUACGCUCUGGCUCACAGACCAGGAAAGGUCCGCGAGGUGCUCAACCUCCUCAUGUCCUACUCCCUGCUUCAUUCCACGGUUUAUCCUCCGGCCAACGAUCUAGAUGAUCACCUCUACCGACUCCUCAACGAGCGCAGUCAAACCCUCGAGAAGUAUGCCAAGCAAGACCUCGAGGCAGCGAAUCUUCUCGGGCGGAUGCUGAGUGGCUACGCCACUCUCAGAAAAUUCUACGAACUUCGUGACACUGAUGGACUUGCGGACAUGUCCCCUUACAAGUCUGCCUCUCUCCGGAAGCAAGCUGCAUCUGCCCUUGUUGCUGUCAUCGCUAGCUCAGAUGACAAUAUCCGGGGAGGCCUCUUUGACGAAACUCGCGACGCCGUUGUCAGCGAAGACUUUAUUCUCGCACUGUUGGGCGAAGCUUUACCCUUUGUCAACCAAAACCCUUCAGUCAUUACCCUCGACCAAAUGGACACGCUUCUCAAGGCCGUUGAGGACAUUCAGACAGUCAACUCGACUAUUUUCAACGCAGCGGACGAAUUCUUCAAGCUCGUUCUGGCCUCAACGCCGGGAAUGAAAGGCUCUACACCCGCAGACCUGAUGCGCAAGAGCACCAGCUCACUCAGUGGAAGCAGCUACAUGCUGAGCGGAAGCUCCAUGCUAGCCAGCCAACUUCACCGGUCAAUCAGCGGAGGCAGCGGUGGCGGAUCUUCUCUCGCCAAGACGAAGCGCGGCUGGGAUUGGCGAUCUGGACUCACGGCAGGCGCGUCGGCUGAUGAUGUGCUUCGCAUACUCCGCUUGGGUCUGUCGAGGGACUUGGCGACCUUGUGGUUGGCCGACGCGGACAACACGCCCGUGUACUAG